AUGUUUGGGGCUCGGUCCCGCAAGCGGAAGGUCUCCGAGCAAGUCGUUCCGGGCACUAUUGAAGAUCCUGCAAUCGUCGCAAGACGGGCCCCUAUGGGCAGUGCCUUCUCGCCCGAGGUUGCAAACCUGUUCGAUAACCCAGAUUAUCCUAUCCCCAACUUUCAGCAGGUUUACGAUCUUAUGCGACUUCCUGAUAAAGGUCUGAAACUCGAGGAUCGUCGAUGGCGAAUCGUCUCAUAUUCCAAAUGUUUCGUUGGAAGCGAGGCUGUCGAAUGGAUGAUCGAUAACCUCGGUCUCGACCGUCCUACCGCCGUCUCCACUGGCCAGCGUCUAAUGGACGCAGGCAUCAUGCAUCAUGUCACUCAUUCCGAGCCAUUUUGUGAUGGAUACUAUUUUUACCGGUUUCAAGAAGACGAGGAAUCAAACGUCCUCAACAUGAAGCGAGUCUGGGACAGUGCUAUCCCAACAGCUCGGGCUGUAGAUGUAUCCAAGAACCUGCUCACCCGUUUGGCUCUCUUGUGUGAAGAACAUCGGAAAGGCAUUCUGGCUGGAAAAGAACUUUCCAAAACAUCCUCUUCCCCUACAGAUGCAUCACAAUCUACACCCGUCUUGAAAGGCCCUCCCACGCCAUCUUUUAUCCAGCAUACCUCCACUGCAGCUGCCGCCGCCGCUGCUAUAUCCCCCUCUCUAGCUCGAUCAUUUUCGACUCCCCUAGCCUCCGCCGCGCUAUCAUUGACCUCAGGGCAGGCCGUCACUCCGCCAUUACUCGGCCCAAAUCGUUCCUCUUCGUUUACUGCUGCGCCAUCAUACACCAUGAGUGAUGAUGUCGACUACACGGCGUUGGCGAAAAGCGAGUCAUUCCGGCAAUACACUCUCAUGGCAGCAGAACUGCAACGCGUUCAGUUGGUCGCCUUAAAUCAAGAGGAACGCAUCGCCUUCUUCGUCAAUUGUUACAACCUGCUUUGCUUGCAUGGAUACGUUUCGCACGGCCCGCCCACGAAUUUUGUGCGAAGAUACAUGUUCUUUCGCGGGCUAUCGUACCGUAUCGCAGGUCUUGAUAUGACACUGGAUGAUAUUGAGCAUGGUAUCCUUCGCGGAAACAAAAAGCCCCCAAUGAUCAAGUGGAUGCAGCAGCUGCGACCUUCAGAUCCGAAGUGUCAGCAUGUGAUCACCAAGAGGGAUGGAAGGAUUCAUUUUGUAAUUUCUGCCGGAACGCGAUCUGACCCUCCAGUACGUAUCCUCGAUGGCGACAAUCUACAAGAAGAACUCUAUGAGGCGACGAUUGAGUUUUUGAGUUGCUCAGUAAAGGUGGACAUAGAAAAACGAGAGGUCACGCUGCCGAGAAUAUUUCUUUGGUAUGCAGAAGACUUCCCAACCCCAGAAAAGAACCUACUGCUCUGGGUUGCAAGAUACCUUCCAGCAGAAACCUCUCAUCAACUUGUAUCGCUUGUUUCGGGAUCAGAAGCUCUCCCAAUGAUUGUUCACGAGAACUUUGACUGGUGUAAUGCAGAGGCUCGUUUCAACGCCUCUGUCGUUCGAAAGAAGAGACGACGGCUUGAACGGGAAAAACUUGACGCCGAGCAAGGUGCGCUACGGAGGAGUAGUGAUAACUUGACCCCAUUCCUUUCGCCGGAUCUAUUUCACGCUCAACCCCCUCAAGAUCUAGACGCAAUUCUUGCUGCAUCCAGUGGGAUGCCACUUCCAGUCACUAAUUCUGGGCGCGUUCGACCGGACUUAGCAGCUCUUCUAGCCUCCAGUAGUGUGAACUUACCAUCACCGGCAGAGGUUCGGUCUGAGUCUGCUGAUCAAUGCAACGCGUCAAAGACGAACGGGACUAGUACAGUCGAAGAAGAACAGUCUAAAGACAGGUGA